AUGGACGGGGCCGCGCGCGACGGGUCGGCAUGGACGGCGGCGGAGGACAAGCUGUUCGAGACGCUGCUCGUCGACAUGGACGCGCUGCCCGACGCCGCCGCCGCGGACGACGCGCGGUGGGAGGCGAUCGCGGCGAAGCUUCCGGGAAAAACAGCGGACGAGGUGCGGCGGCACUACGAGGUGCUGGAGGAGGAUAUCCGCGGCAUCGAGAGCGGCCGCGUGCCGCUGCCCGCUUUCGACGCCAAUGGCGCGUACGUCCUUGCGAGCACUGAUGUCAAGGACGAGCCGAUGACUUCAGCGGGAUCUCCGCGAGACGGCUCAGACGCGGAGGCAUCGGGAGCGCGGAAGGCGUCCGCGGGGAGCGCGGGGGCUGGGAAAGAGAAGCAGACGUCACCCGCGGGUCAGUCGCAGCAGCAGGCGUCGUCGCAGCAGCAGGCAUCGCAAGGGGCCGCGGCGCAACAGGCGCGAGGGUCGGAGCAGGAGAGGCGAAAGGGCAUCCCGUGGACCGAGGAGGAGCACAGGCUCUUCCUAUUGGGGCUGGCCAAGUUUGGCAAGGGUGACUGGCGCAGCAUCUCGCGCAACUUUGUCAUCUCGCGCACGCCCACGCAGGUGGCGUCGCACGCGCAGAAGUACUUCAUCCGCCUCAACGCCAUCAACAAGGACAAGCGCCGCUCCUCCAUCCACGACAUCACCUCCGUCGCCGCCGCUGCUGGUGCUGGCGACGCCGGGCAGCAGCAGAGCGGGCCGAUCACGGGGCAGCCGGCGGGGACCGCUAGUGGGGGAGCACAGCAGGCACUGCAGCACCAACAUGCACAUGCCCAUGCCCACGCUCAUGCUCACACACAUGCCCAAGGGGUGCCAUCCCAUGCCCAGCCCAUGCCGCCCGCCUCUGCGGUAUUUGGCCCGCCCGUAGGGGCGCCGCCCAUGGGACACGUGCACCAUGGCAUGAUGCCCAUGCCGCCCGCGCCUGGCCACCCCGCAUAUGGCCCGCGCACCCACCUGGCCCGACCCGUGGUGGCAGCACAUGGCAUGCCCCUCCCCCACAUGGGUUACGUACAGCCCCCCACCAUGCACCAUGGAUGA